CCGGGGCCCGGAGCGGCGCCGCGCCCUCGCGCCGCGUCCCGGGCGGUGUUUCAGUGCAGCCAUGUCUGGCGGCGCGAGGCUGCGAGGCGGGCUCGGUCGGCGGCGCCCUCUGUGAGGCGGCGGCGGACGAGCGGCGGCGGCGGGCAUUCAUGUCGGCGGCCAGGGAUUAGCGCGGCGGACACCCAGCCGAGCGGAGGGGGCGGCCGACUCGUCGCCCCCUUCCCGCGGGGUCUCCGGCCUGAGAGAGCCGUACCCGCGUGGCGGGGGCGGGGGGACAUGGCUGACCGGAGCGCGCCGAGCUGCCACCUGCGGCUGGAGUGGGUCUAUGGUUACCGGGGUCACCAGUGCCGCAACAACCUCUACUACACGGCAGCGAAGGAGAUCGUCUACUUCGUAGCGGGGGUCGGCGUGGUCUACAGCCCCAGGGAGCACCGGCAGAAAUUCUACCUGGGGCACCAGGACGACAUCAUCAGCCUUGCUUUGCAUCCUGAACGUGUGUUGGUGGCCACAGGUCAAGUUGGAAAAGAACCGUAUAUCUGCGUGUGGGACUCAUACACUGUGCAGACUGUAUCUGUUCUGAAAGAUGUUCACACGCAUGGUAUAGCUUGCUUGGCUUUUGAUUUAGAUGGUCAGCGCUUGGUCUCAGUUGGUUUGGAUUCAAAAAACACAGUUUGUGUAUGGGACUGGAGAAAAGGGAAAUUACUGUCAAUGGCUCCUGGUCAUACAGACAGAAUAUUUGAUAUUUCUUGGGAUUUGUACCAGCCAAACAAGCUUGUCAGCUGUGGUGUGAAACACAUCAAGUUCUGGAGCUUGUGUGGCAAUUCCUUGACACCAAAACGUGGUGUUUUUGGCAAAACUGGUGAUCUCCAAACUAUAUUGUGCCUAGCCUGUGCAAGGGAUGAAGUGACAUAUUCUGGUGCACUGAAUGGAGAUAUAUAUGUAUGGAAAGGAAUCAACCUUGUAAGGACAAUACAAGGAGCACAUGCUGCAGGAAUCUUCAGCAUGAAUGCAUGUGAAGAGGGGUUUGCCACUGGUGGCAGGGAUGGCUGUGUUCGCUUGUGGGACUUGAAUUUUAAACCAAUUACUGUGAUUGAUCUCAGGGAAACAGACCAAGGAUAUAAAGGUCUGUCUGUAAGAAGUGUUUGCUGGAGAGGAGACCAUAUACUUGUUGGGACACAAGACAGUGAAAUUUUUGAAAUUGUGGUGCAUGAGCGUAAUAAGCCUUUCCUGAUAAUGCAGGGGCACUGUGAAGGAGAGCUCUGGGCUUUGGCUGUCCAUCCUACAAAACCUCUAGCAAUGACUGGAAGUGAUGAUCGAUCAGUCAGAAUUUGGAGUUUAAUAGACCAUGCUCUGAUUGCCCGGUGCAAUAUGGAGGAGCCCAUUCGUUGUGCUGCAGUUAGCACUGAUGGAAUCCAUCUGGCGCUUGGAAUGAAGGAUGGCUCUUUCACUGUGCUUCGAGUCAGAGAUAUGACUGAGGUUGUUCAUAUCAAAGACAGGAAAGAAGCUAUUCAUGAACUGAAAUAUUCACCAGAUGGGAAUUUUCUGGCUGUUGGCUCCAAUGACAGCUCUGUGGAUAUAUAUGGUGUUGUUCAGCGAUACAAGAAAGUUGGGGAAUGUAUUGGAUCUUUAAGUUUCAUCACCCAUAUGGAUUGGUCUUCAGACAGUAAAUACUUGCAGACUAAUGAUGGCAAUGGAAAGAGACUUUUUUACAGAAUGCCAAGUGGAAAAGAAGUAACAAGCAAGGAGGAAUUAAAAGGUGUUCAGUGGGCAUCAUGGACCUGUGUUUCUGGCCUUGAAGUUAAUGGAAUCUGGCCCAAAUAUUCAGAUAUAAAUGAUAUUAAUUCUGUGGAUGCAAAUUUUAUUGGGCAAGUUAUGGUCACAGCUGAUGAUUAUGGAAUAGUAAAGCUCUUUCGAUACCCAUGUCUAAGAAAAGGAGCAAAGUUUAAAAAAUAUCUUGGUCAUUCUGCUCAUGUGACAAAUGUCAGAUGGUCACACGAUCACCAGUGGGUUGUUUCCAUUGGGGGGGCUGAUCAUUCUGUCUUUCAGUGGAAGUUUGUCCCUGACCGGAAGUUGAAGGAUUCUCUUCAUAUAGCUCCCCAGGAGAGUUUGGUUGAUUCUAAUAGUGAUGACUCAGAUUCAGAUCAGUCUGAUGUUCCAGAGCUGGACUCUGAAAUUGAACAAGAGACACAGAUCACCUAUCGUCGACAGGUUUACAAAGAAGAUCUACCUCAACUUAAAGAGCAAUGCAAAGAAAAAAGAAAAAGUGCAGCUUCUAAGAGACGAGAGCGAGCUCCGGGGAACAGUAUAAGAUUGCAUUUUGUUCAUGGUUACAGAGGUUACGACUGCCGAAGCAAUUUAUUUUACACUCAGACGGGCGAAAUUGUAUACCAUGUUGCAGCAGUGGGAGUGGUGUACAAUCGACAGCAGAACACACAGCGCUUUUAUCUAGGUCAUGAUGAUGACAUUCUUUGCCUUGCUAUUCAUCCCUUAAAGGACUAUGUGGCAACAGGCCAGGUUGGUCGAGAUUCCUCAAUACACAUUUGGGAUACAGAAACGAUAAAACCACUCUCAGUAUUAAAGGGCUAUCACCAGUAUGGUGUUUGUGCCGUUGAUUUUUCAGCGGAUGGGAAACGAUUGGCUUCUGUUGGAAUAGAUGACAAUCACACUAUUGUACUCUGGGAUUGGAAGAAAGGAGAAAAGCUUUCAGCAGUAAGGGGAAGUAAAGAUAAAAUUUUUGUUGUUAAGAUUAACCCAUAUAUGCCUGAUAAAUUGACUACUGUUGGAAUUAAACACAUGAAAUUCUGGCGUAGAGCAGGUGGAGGACUAAUUGGGAGAAAGGGCUGCAUAGGUGCAUUGGGAAGAACGGAUACAAUGAUGUGUGCAGUGUAUGGCUGGACUGAAGAGAUGGCAUUCUCUGGAACUUCCACGGGGGAUGUGUGUAUUUGGAGAGAUGUGUUUCUCAUAAAAACUGUCAAAGCACAUGAUGGUCCUGUGUUCAGCAUGCACGCAUUGGAAAAAGGAUUUGUUACUGGAGGAAAGGAUGGGGUAGUAGCUCUCUGGGAUGAUACCUUUGAACGUUGUCUCAAAACCUAUGCCAUCAAAAGGGCUGCUUUGGCCCCUGGGUCUAAAGGUCUUCUCUUAGAAGAUAAUCCUUCUAUACGUGCCAUAUCUUUAGGACAUGGUCAUAUUUUAGUGGGCACAAAGAAUGGUGAAAUAUUAGAGGUGGAUAAAAGUGGACCAAUAACUCUGCUGGUUCAGGGUCACAUGGAGGGGGAAGUUUGGGGUCUAGCUACUCAUCCUCAUUUACCUAUUUGUGCCACUGUAAGUGAUGACAAAACUUUAAGAAUAUGGGAUUUAUCUCCUAGCCAUUGUAUGUUAGCUGUUCGCAAAUUGAAGAAGGGAGGCAGAUGUUGCUGCUUUUCUCCUGAUGGAAAAGCAUUAGCUGUUGGUCUCAAUGAUGGAAGUUUUUUGAUAGUUAAUGCAGAUACCCUGGAGGAUCUAGUCUCUUUCCAGCACAGGAAAGAUGUUAUUUCAGAGAUCCGUUUUUCUCCUGGGGCUGGAAAGUACUUGGCUGUGGCAUCCUGUGAUAACUUUGUAGAUAUUUACAAUGUAAUGAGCAGUAAACGAGUAGGAAUAUGCAAGGGAGCCUCCAGCUAUAUCACACAUAUGGACUGGGACAUAAGAGGGAAGCUCUUGCAAGUCAACACUGGUGCUAAAGAGCAGUUGUUUUUUGAAGCUCCUCGUGGGAAAAAACAGACAAUUCCGAGUUUGGAGGUAGAAAAGAUUGGCUGGGCAUCAUGGACAAGUGUUUUGGGCUCUUGCUGUGAAGGAAUCUGGCCCAUAAUAGGUGAAGUCACAGACGUAACUGCUUCAUGCCUCACUAGUGACAGUAAAGUAUUAGCCACAGGAGAUGAUUUUGGAUUUGUGAAACUUUUUCGAUACCCUGCUAAAGGAAAGUUUGGAAAAUUUAAGAGAUAUGUUGCUCACAGUACCCAUGUAACGAAUGUCCGCUGGACCUAUGAUGACAGUUUGUUGGUCACUGUUGGAGGAGCAGACACCUCUUUAAUGCUGUGGACUUAUGAGAUAGAAGGACAUCGGGAUAGCAGGCAGUGUGACAGUGAAGAAUCUGAUCUAGAUUCUGAAGAAGAUGGAGGUUAUGACAGUGAUGUGACAAGGGAAAAUGAAAUUAAUUACACCAUCAAAGCCUUAUCAACAAACAUUAGACCAAUGUUUGGAAUUAAGCCUCACCUGCAACAAAAGGAGCCAACCUUAGAUGAAAGACCACCAGUUAGUAGGGCAUUGCCACAGCCGGAGAAACUUCAGACAAAUAAUGUUGGGAAAAAAAAGAGACCUAUAGAGGACCUAAUUUUGGAGCUGGUAUUUGGGUACCGAGGCAAGGACUGCAGAAACAAUGUGCACUACUUGAAUGAUGGUGCUGAUGUAAUAUACCAUACUGCGUCCAUUGGGAUCUUGUAUAAUGUGGCAACAGGCUCUCAGUCUUUUUACCAGGAACACAACGAUGAUAUUUUGUGCCUCACUGUAAAUCAGCACCCUAAGUUUACCAACAUAGUGGCAACUGGCCAAGUAGGAGACUCAGCAGAUAUGUCAGCUACAGCUCCUUCUAUUCAUGUGUGGGAUGCAAUGAACAAACAGACUCUGUCCGUGCUUCGGUGCUACCAUUCAAAGGGCGUGUGCUCAGUCAGUUUCAGUGCCACUGGCAAACUGCUGCUCUCAGUAGGGCUGGAUCCCGAACACACCAUUACCAUUUGGAAGUGGCAGGAAGGUGCCAAAAUUGCCAGCCGAGCUGGUCACAACCAGCGUAUAUUUGUAGCAGAAUUCAGACCAGAUUCAGAUACCCAGUUUGUUUCUGUGGGAGUAAAACACGUGAGGUUCUGGACACUGGCUGGACGAGCUCUUCUCAGUAAAAAAGGGCUGUUGAGCUCCAUAGAAGAUGCCCGAAUGCAAACGAUGCUCUCUGUGGCCUUUGGAGCGAAUAACUUGACAUUUACAGGUACUAUCAGUGGAGAUGUUUGUGUUUGGAAAGAUCAUGUAUUGAUACGAAUUGUGGCCAAAGCUCACAAUGGACCAGUUUUCACAAUGUAUACUACGUUAAGAGAUGGUUUGAUCGUUACAGGAGGCAAAGAAAGGCCUUCAAAGGAAGGAGGAGCAGUUAAGCUAUGGGAUCAAGAGCUGAAACGAUGCCGUGCCUUCAGACUAGAGACAGGACAAAUGACGGACUGUGUUCGCUCUGUUUGCAGAGGCAAGGGGAAAAUUCUUGUUGGGACAAGAAAUGCCGAAAUAAUCGAAGUUGGAGAGAAAAAUGCUGCAUGUAACAUUCUAAUUAAUGGUCAUAUGGAUGGACCGAUCUGGGGCCUAGCAGCACAUCCUUCCAGAGAUUUUUUCCUUUCUGCUGCAGAAGAUGGCACAGUAAGACUCUGGGAUAUUGGAGAAAAGAAGAUGCUGAACAAAGUCAGCUUAGGACAUGCAGCUCGUACUGUUUGUUACAGCCCAGAAGGUGAUAUGGUAGCUAUUGGCAUGAAAAAUGGAGAAUUUAUUAUCUUGCUUGUAACCUCUCUAAAAAUCUGGGGGAAGAAAAGGGACAGAAGAUCAGCAAUUCAAGAUAUAAGGUUUAGCCCAGAUUCUCGUUACUUGGCAGUUGGUUCCAGUGAGAACGCAGUGGAUUUUUAUGAUCUGACUUUGGGUCCCACACUGAAUCGAGUCAGCUAUUGCAAAGAUAUCCCAAGUUUUGUGAUCCAGAUGGACUUCUCUGCAGAUAGCUCCUAUCUCCAGGUCUCUACUGGGUCUUACAAAAGGCAAGUCUAUGAAGUGCCUUCAGGAAAACAGCUUGUGGACCAGGCUGUGAUUGACAGAAUAACAUGGGCGACUUGGACAAGUGUUCUAGGGGAUGAAGUAAUUGGAAUCUGGUCGAGGCAUGCUGAAAAAGCUGAUGUGAACUGUGCCUGUGUCUCUCACUCGGGAAUCAAUCUUGUAACAGGCGAUGAUUUUGGCAUGGUCAAACUGUUUGACUUCCCAUGUCCUGAGAAAUUUGCAAAACACAAACGAUUUUUAGGUCACUCUGCCCACUUAACCAAUAUUCGAUUCACAAGUGGAGAUAGAUACGUGGUCAGUGCUGGAGGGGAUGACUGCAGCUUGUUUGUUUGGAAAUGUGUGCAUAUGCCUCAUUGAGAGAGACAUGGAGACUUGCAAAGAGGACACUGAAUGAAGUACCAGGCAUGAAAAACCCAGGAUUGUGAUGUGACAUUCUGCUGUGCCCUGCAUGAGUAAGAAAUGGUGCUGAUCCAAGACAGAGAGCUAUCUAUCUCUGAAAGACAAGUGUCUAGAGUUUGUCAAAAGGAUGGACCGUAACAAAUAUGCUGAGGCUGUUAGAUUUGCUUCAGUGUUGGAUAAUCUGGGUUUGUAUUUCACUCACUGCCAGAUGCUGAAAAUGAAACACGUGGAUAAAAGGAAACAGUGAAUUGUUAAUCAAUGUACAGUUUCACAGUGAGAUCCUGGGGUUUUAAUCAAGAGAUGUGAUUCCUGACCUAGUGCUGUACAUUGAUCCAUUUUCAGCAUGAAUGUUUCUCCUUUAAGUCUUGGGGUCUGAAUAUCAUUGAAAAAAGAGUAUUCCAUAUUUUAUUACAGAAAGAAACCAUUUAUUAACUCUUAAAUAUAUAGUAUUUUAUUAAAUGUUUAAUUAUUAUAAUAGAAAUUAUAUUUCUAUGACUGGUCAAAAGGAAACAUCACCUGGUGAAGCAGAAAAUAAUAGAGCUGAUUCCUUAGGACUUUAAUGUUUCUGUAUUUAGAGGCCUGGGUCACAGUCAUGUCUGGUGAAAACUGUUGGAUAUGCAUGAUCUUCAUGGCUAAUUUAGUGUUUUUGUUGCACUUAAACAUUAAAUUAGUUCUGUGAGCAAAAAUAGAUUUGCUCACUUUGCGAGUGCCUUGCCCACAACCUAAAAGUCUAACUCCAGUUUUUGCCUUGUGAAUAAAAGUAUUCUCAGUGGAAGAGAGAUUAUUGCUGUGUUACUUGGCUGGGCUGUUAGCCACUGUGCUGGAAAUGUGGAUGAGGCUGAGGAUUUUAUAGCUCAUAGAUAAAGCUUGGGAUGCCACCAGUUGCAAAAAUAGAAUUUCAUAGCAAUAUGAAUUGAUUUUAUUUUCUCAGCAUCGGGGGGGGGGGGGGGGAAUUCAGAGAAAAUAUAAACUUUCCAAACAUUGUAUUUUGUACAUUUGAACUUUUUAACGGAGUUAGGACUAGCUGGGA